AUGAGGGCAGGCUGGAUCAAAGGACCUCUUCUCGUCUUUGCCGGGGGGGCUCUUUUGUUUUACCUCAGCUCUAUUAAAGAUGAGGUCCACACCCACUCAGAGAAGCUGCAGAGAGCCCACCAUAAUGACUCCAUCAAGGGGCAGGGGAUGCUCCAGAGGAUGGAGAAGAUGGAGGCCAGCAUCAACCGGCUGUUGACUCUGAUGGAUAAAACUGAAAAGAGGGAGCCAGUGGCGGAGAGGAAAACAGAGGUGAAGAUGGAGAAGAAGGUGGUGAGGAAGCUGUACCCAAACUCGCCUCUGUUCAAAAGAUGGGGAGAAGAGCUGUCAGAGGAGGAGCAGAAAGAGGCCGAGGGGAUGUAUCAGAGUUACGGCUACAACGCCUUCCUCAGUGACCGGCUGCCCCUCGACAGACAAAUCCCAGACACCCGGCCUAAAAAAUGUGCUGAGAAAAAGUACCCAAAGGAUCUUCCUACCAUCAGCGUUGUCUUAAUCUACCUGAAUGAGGCUCUGUCCAUCAUUAAAAGAGCAAUCCGCAGCAUCAUAGACAAGACACCAGCUCGACUGCUGAAGGAAAUCAUACUGGUGGAUGAUUACAGCAGCAACGAGGAUUUGAAGGGGAAACUUGAUGAAUACAUCGUCUCCAUAAAUGAAGAGCGUCCAGGUCUGGUGAAGAGAGUUCGACAUUCGGCGCAGCUCGGGCUCACCCAGGCCAGACUGUCGGGGUGGAAGGUUGCUGUCGGGGACGUGGUGGCCAUCUUGGAUGCUCACAUAGAAGUCCAUGUGCAGUGGGCAGAGCCGUUGCUAGCUCGUCUGAAGGAGGAUCGCACUGUCAUUCUGACGCCAGUGUUUGACAAAGUCAAUUUUGAUGACUUGACACUAACUCCAUAUAACGUUUAUGCACAUGGCUUUGACUGGGCUCUGUGGUGCACAUAUGUUUCUUUCAGUCCUGAGUGGUACACUUUGAAUGACAAUUCUCAACUUGGAAAGAGCCCCUCCAUCAUGGGGAUUCUUGUGGCCGAUCGCAAGUUCUUUGGAGAAAUUGGGAGUCUUGAUGGUGGAAUGAAAAUAUAUGGUGGGGAAAAUGUGGAGCUGGGCAUCCGGGUGUGGCUCUGUGGUGGGAGCAUAGAAGUUGUACCCUGCUCUAGAAUCGCCCACAUUGAGCGAAAUAUAAAGCCUUACUUUCCAGAUUUUGAUAAGAUGGUAAAACGCAAUGCACUGAGAGUGGCAGAGGUGUGGAUGGAUGAAUAUAAACACAAUGUUAACAUAUUCUGGAAUCUCCCCUUUGAUAAUCAUGGGAUAGAUAUUGGAGAUGUGUCUGAGAGGAAAAAGCUGAGGGAGAAACUGAAUUGCAAGCCCUUUAAAUGGUAUCUGGAGAAUGUUUUUCCUGCGCUGAUUCCUGUGAAGGACCUGAUAGCCUAUGGAGUGCUGAAAAAUAAACUGACGCCAGAUCUCUGUGUUGACCAAGGUCCAAUGCCAGGAAACACACCCAUACUGUACCCAUGCCAUAGCUUCACCCCUCAGUUUUGUUACUAUCAAACUGAUGGACAAAUCUUUAUUGGUCAGUUGAAAUCUCAUAAGUACAGCAGCAAUCGCUGUCUGGUAGAUACCACCUUAGGAUCUGACCCAGGACUUUACGAGUGCGAAACAGCACUGCAGGAAAAUUUCAACAUGCUGUGGGAUUUUAAACAGGGUGGACAAAUCCAAAACAGAAAAACAAAGAGAUGUAUUGAAGCUGCUUUUGACUCUGAUGGCUCUUACAAGCUUGUUGUUCAGCAAUGUACAGGUCAGAGCUGGACUAUACAACAUGUAAUUGAAGAAACCUGGAAGACUGGAGAACAAAAAGAAAAGAUACUGUAAGUAACAAGCCAAACCAU